ACAAAACAACUAUAUAUAUACAGUGCUUCAGUAUCUCACUGUUUCAGGUUGGUUUCACUCAGGAGAAGAAGGUAUUACCACACAUAUAUAGGAAAAUAAGGUAUUUCCACAUCUCUAUAGGAAAAUAAGGUAUUUCCACACAUCUAUAGGAAAAUAAGGUAUUUCCACACAUCUAUAGGAAAAUAAGGUAUUACCGGUAUGCAGAUCUGCAGGGAUGCAUGUUUUUUUCUUUUAAAAACAUUGCUCGUUUACCUUACGUUUGAGGUUGAAACUAUUCAAGCGCAAUGUUCCAAGCCCAAAGGAGGGAGCCACAUGAGCCUGUCAGGAGACUACAUUACCCAAGAGACUUUCCCGGCGGGGUCGAACGUCGUUUUCAAGUGUGACGUUGGUUAUGUCGGAUUUGCGAUGACCACCACCUGUCUCGGUGAAACCUGGAAAAAUGUGACAUCUACCUGCCGGAGGAGAUCCUGUGGCUCCCCUGGAGAAGUGAUGAAUGGCAGGUAUGACCUCACAGAGGGGGUGGAGUUUGGAGCCAGAGUAACAGCCCAGUGUGACAAAGGACAUUACAUUGUGGGUUCCAAAGUACGGAAUUGCAUGGCAUCAGGGUGGUCUGGCAGACUCGCUAUCUGUGAAGUGGUGAGGUGUGGAGCACCUCCUGUUGUUGCCAAUGGAAGUCUGUUGAACAGAGCUGAAGAGUCGUAUGCCUACAGAGAGUUGGUGGAGUAUCAGUGUGACAGGCAACUGACUCUGGAUGGACCCAGGUUCUUACACUGCUCUGAAACAGGACAGUUUGAGCCAUAUCCACCUAAAUGUAUCGACAUAACUUGUCCAACACCUAAAAUCGAUAAAGCUUUCCGCGUAGAGGGACAUAUACCUCCAUACAAAUACAAGUCUUUCGUCAGAUAUGAAUGUGAAAAAGGAUAUGAAAUGGAAGGUGAAUCAGGUCUUACCUGUGAAAUAGACAGCCGCUGGUCAGCAUCAUACCCAACAUGCAAAGUGUCGGAAGACAGCAACCCUGAAGCUGAAAAUAGUUUAUUUUCCAAGAUUAAAAAUGAAGUCAAAGGUGGACUCAACAAAGUUUUAAACUGGGUUUCCAACACAAUCCCGAAGGUAGAACUCAAGCUCCCCUGGACGAGGUAAUGACAGAUUUAGACAAAAAAAUGAUGAAAUUCAUCACCUUCGGAAGGACAUUCAGGACAUCAAAAUGAACCUUUACACAUGUAGCUUUUACAGUAGUAACAAUUAGAGGUCGACCGAAUUGAACAUGUUUCAUUGUUUAUUUGAGGCUAAAUUGAUUUUAUUGAUGUAUUAUAUUAAGUUAAAAUAAGUGUUCAUUCAGUAUUGUUGUAAGUGUCAUUAUUAUAAAUAAAAAAAUAAAAAAAUUGGCCAAUUUAA